CAGCCUUCAGUCUGCCCCAGUCGUCCACAGCCCAUAACCCGCGGAUUUACAAUCAACUAUUGCCACAUAUUUCUGCACAGGGAAACCUUUCUCUGCCAUUGGUAUAUUUUUUAAUAAUGCGGUGGUUCGUGUCUCCCAACAUGGUCUAGCUAAACUCUGCAAUCCGUGAAGCAGCCACAGUCCGCUAGCACUGAGCCAGGAUGUCCAGUAGCUCGGGCUACCCCCCGAGUCAGGGGAGCUUCAGCAGCGAGCAGAGCCGAUACCCACCACAAUCUGUCCAGUAUACCUUUCCCGGCACCCGCCACCCACAGGAUUUCCCUCUCACAGACUACCGGAAUCACAUGCAGGAUCCACAGGGUCGCAGAAGGCCGUCUUUACUGUCUGAAUUCCACCCUGGAGCUGAAAGGCCUCCAGAGAGACGCCAUGGUUAUGAACAGCAGUUUCACUCUGUCACAGCCCAGCCUGAGCAUGAGGCCAUGGAGGCCAAACGCCCUCGCAUGGAGACUGUUUCUGAGGCCCACAUCACCCGCACCCCUCCCACUGGAGGGGGUAUUGUUCUGCCCGUGUCCCAUGCUAUACAAGACGGCCUAAGAGCCACUAUGGAUGUCAAGAAGGAGUCUCAGUUCACUGUCAAAGUGGAGUCCCCAUCCUCUGGAGGACCUACAGUACACAUGGGGGAGGAGCAGGACACCUCUCCUUCCAAACUCUCCAAGGAGGAGCUGAUCCAGAGUAUGGACCGUGUAGACAGAGAGAUUGCUAAAGUGGAGCAGCAGAUUUUCAAGCUGAAGAAAAAGCAGCAACAACUUGAAGAGGAAGCAGCAAAGCCAGUGGAGCCCGAAAAGCCAGUGACCCCUCCCCCAGUGGAGCACAAGCACCGCAGCAUAGUUCAGAUUAUCUACGAUGAAAACAGGGUUAAAAAAGCUGAAGAGGCUCAUAAAAUACUGGAAGGUCUUGGUCCCAAGGUUGAGCUGCCUCUGUAUAACCAGCCAUCAGACACUAAGGUGUACCAUGACAACAUCAAGACAAACCAAGUCAUGAGGAAGAAGCUGAUUUUAUUUUUUAAGAGGAGGAACCAUGCACGUAAGCAAAGGGAACAGAAGAUCUGCCAGCGUUAUGACCAGCUGAUGGAAGCAUGGGAGAAGAAGGUGGAGCGAAUGGAGAACAACCCCAGACGCAAAGCCAAGGAGAGCAGAACACGGGAGUACUAUGAAAGGCAGUUCCCUGAGAUCCGCAAGCAGAGAGAGCAGCAAGAGCGAUUCCAGAGGGUUGGACAAAGAGGAACGGGUCUGUCUGCAACGAUUGCAAGAAGCGAGCAUGAGAUUUCUGAAAUCAUAGAUGGGCUUUCUGAGCAGGAGAACAACGAGAAACAGAUGAGACAGCUGUCAGUCAUCCCUCCCAUGAUGUAUGACUCAGAGCAGAGGAGAGUGAAGUUCAUCAACAUGAACGGCUUAAUGGACGACCCGAUGAAGGUGUACAAAGCCCGGCAGUUCAUGAAUGUUUGGACUGAACACGAAAAGGAGAUCUUCAAGGAGAAGUUUGUCCAGCACCCCAAGAACUUUGGCCUGAUUGCCUCCUAUCUUGAAAGAAAGUGUGUUGCCGACUGUGUCCUAUACUACUAUUUGACCAAAAAGAACCACAACUACAAGACGCUGGUGAGGCGAAACUAUGGAAGACGGAGAGGAAGGAACCAGCAAAUAACACGUCCCUCACAAGAAGACAAGUCAGACGACAAGAACGAAGAGGACAAGUCUGAGAAGUCGGAGAAAAAAGAGGACGAGGAAAAGAAGGACGAGGAAGAGAAAGAUGAAAAGGAGGAUUCUAGGGACAUUGGCAAGGACAAAGACAAGUGUGACGGUGGGGAAGACGAGGACGGAAAGGAGCAAAACACGCCGCGUGGCAGGAAGACUGCCAACAGCCAGGGACGCCGUAAGGGAAGGAUCACCACACGCUCCAUGGCCAAUGAGGCUGCAUCUGUGGCAGCUGAGGAAGCACCUCCCACUGCCCCUGAGCCUGCCAUGCCAGAUCCACCACAGAUCCCUAAACCCAAUUCAGCUCAGAAGGCCAUGAAGGAGCCUUCAAAACCCCAGACUCCAGUAGCUUCCAUGGAUGCUGCUAAAGCUGGUGCUGGUGAAACCGGAGAAACUUCUCGCUGGACCGAGGAGGAGAUGGAAAUAGCCAAAAAAGGGCUUGUUGAGCAUGGGCGAAACUGGACAGCUAUUGCCAAAAUGGUGGGCACCAAAAGCGAGGCACAGUGCAAGAACUUCUAUUUCAAUUACAAGAGACGUCACAACUUGGACAACCUGCUGCAGCAGCAUAAGCAGGAUACUCGAAGAGCUCGUGCUGAUAGGUCUCAAGGUGAAGGUCUAGCCACAGCAUCACCUGAUGAUGAUGAGGAUAAUGCAGAGGACAGUGAAGGUGGUGAGAACAGCUCCGAUACAGAGAGCGCCCCUUCCCCCUCGCAGACCGACUCCUCAAAGUCCAGCGACUCCAAGAGGGCAGAUAGCACUUCAGGAGAUGCUCAGUGUGCUGACCAGGACAAAGGUCAGACGAGCAAUGGAAAGGCUCCAGAGCCGCUAUGCGAAUUCACAGUCAAACAAGAGAAAAUCCCUGACAGUGAGGUUGGAUCUCAGGAGGAAAAAGUCAGGGUGACUACCUUUGUAGGCUCCGUACAUCCCAAAACUGAACCUCUGGAUGUGGAUAUGAAUACAGAGGAGGUUAAAGUGAAGAUGGAGCCUGGUAUCAAGGAAAAAGGAGAAAAGGGAGAUCAUGGCGAAAGGCUCCACUCAGAUAAUGACUCCAGCGCCACCUGCAGUGCUGAUGAGGAUGUGGAAGCAGAGCCUGAAAGGCAGAGCAGAAUAUUCUCCAUGGAAAAGCCUUCAUUGCUCAGCCCCCCGGGCACAGUGUUAGUGGCAUCACCCAAGCAAAACCAGCUCAACAUCGAGCAGCUGCAUCAGCGGGCAGCUGCCAUCCCACCCAUGGUGCCUGGUCCAUUUGGCGCUGGUGGUGUGCCCAUCAGUGGUUUUGCCAUGUUGCAACACCAGAUUAAAGCAGUGCAUGAGUCGGCGCACCAGGAAGAGAAGCAGGGAGCCCUGGAACGCAGACCCCCCUUCAGCACCCGCAGCCCCAACCUGAUAGACAGAGAUGGUAAACCUUUACCGUACAUGCCUUAUGACAUGAUGCUGGCUGUGGACCAGGAGACCCACUCCGGUCAGCCAGGCUCUCCUUACAGACUCUCCCCCAGGGAGUUAAGAAAGGCCUCACCUGACCCCAACGCCCCCAAUGUCUCCUGCUACAGUGUGCCACCAGUCCUUCACCCUGCAACUACCCAGCUGGUCCAGAAUGUGGCAGAUGGAGGCCGCAUGGCAUUCAGAACCAUUCGACCCCCCAACAUUCCCUCUCCUCCUCCACUCAUUCCAACUACCAAGCCCACAGACAAGCCUUCCUUCAUUCAAGGAGGCUCCAUCUCCCAGGGUACUCCUGGUACAUACCUGCCAUCCCACGCUGUCUACGGGCCCGAGGGGGCUAAGAGCAGUGUGGGCUCCAUCUCUCUGGGUCUGCCCCGGCAGCAGGAUCCUAACAAGUCUGGAGCUGCAGUUCCAUCCAUACAGGAUGGCAGAGGAAACCCAGCAAAGGUUGGCGAGGGUCUGGCUUUCAGAGGUUCUAUCACUCAGGGCACACCAGCUCUGUCCCAGUCAAGCAUUGCUGCUGACCUCCUGAAGGGUACCAUCACAAGGCUUGCCACCGAGGACCCGAGCAGCCCAGACAAGGCCAGGGGGGAGCAGCUGGCUAAGGGUCAUGUCAUCUACGAAGGAAAGAGUGGGCACAUCGUCUCAUUUGAUAGUUCUAUUAAGAACCCCAGGGAAAACACCCGCAGCCCCCGAACAGGCCAUGAGCUGAAACGCACAUACAACAUGAUAGAGGAAGCCAUGGGCAGGGGACACACGGGCCGAGAAGGAGCACCGUUGGAGGGAUUAAUUAGCAGAGCUUUGCCCAGAGAUGGCAUCCAUGGAGACUCUAAGGAAAGACCAUUGAUCACUGGAUCCAUAAUGCAAGGGACGCCAAGAACUGCCUCAGAGACUUACGACGAUGCCAUGAAAUAUGGAAAACUGCUAAAGCCAGACAGCCCGCCUACCCGCUCCUUUGAAGGGGGCAUUGGCAAGGGCAAGCCCUAUGAGGGCGUCAAUACCAUUAAAGAGAUGGGUCGUUCCAUUCAUGAAAUCCCACGGCAAGAUUCUGGCCAGGACAUCUGCAAGACCCCUGAUUUGUCAGACAGGAGGGUUUUGGAGGGCUCCAUAUCUCAGAUUCACCCUCUGAACCAGCCUACUAUCAAACACAAUGUCAAGUCCCUCAUCCCCAGUCCCACCAAGCUGCCACACAACAUGCCCCAACUGGAGGCCAUGGAACGAACCAAAUACGAUGAGGGUAAGGGAGUGCGGCACACCUCUGUGGUCAACUCCACCACCUCUGUUCUACGCUCCACGCACCAGGAGGCCAGCAAAUCCCAGCUUAGCCCAGGCUUGUAUGAGGACACCAGUACUCGCAGGACCCCAGUUGGUUACAGUACCAACCCCAUGUCCAGAGGAUCACCUAUGCUGGGACGCGCUCCAGAGGGUGGGGUGAGCUCUGUAAAGUCUGCUUCCCAUGAAAGAAAGAACACCAUGACACCGACACAGAGGGACAGUGUCCCAGCCAAGUCUCCAGUGACCGGUGGUGACCCUGUAGCCUCUCAUAGUCCCUUCGACCCCCACCACCGACCUGAAGUGUACCGAGGCCACAUCUCGCUUCCACAUCUUGACCCCGCCCUGGCCUUCCACAGAGUGCUGGAUCCUGCAUUCAUGUUUCCCAGGCAGCCGUCCCCGACAGGCUACCAUAACACCUACCAGCUGUAUACCAUGGAGAACACACGACAGACCAUUAUGAACGAUUAUAUCACGUCCCAGCAGAUGCAAGGCAUCCCUCGGCCUGACAUGGCUAGAGGGCUGUCACCGCGGGAACAGUCUGUUGCUAUCCCUUAUGCACCCGGAUCUCGAGGGAUUAUUGAUCUAGCCCAGAUGCCUCCAACUAUCCUGUUGCCUCACCCUGGGGGAACAGGUACUCCCACUUUGGAACGCAUCGCCUACCUCCCUGGACCUCAGCCCCCUUUCCCUCCUAGAGCUUUCAACCCAACCUCCAUAUCGCAAGGCCACCUUGCUGUUGCCAAUGAGAGAGAUCGGGAGAGGGAGCAUGACCGGGAGCAGCAGGAGAAGGAAAGGGAGCAGAGGGAGAGGGAACAUGAGCGAGAAAUGAGAGAGCGAGAUCGAACCAGCGAAUACAUGCGUGCGGGUGGAGCAGAGCAGCCAGGCCGGCCAGGGAGUCGAGGAUACCGGCACUCCCCUUCCCCCUCACACAGGCCACAGGAUGUAGGUGUUCCACAGCGAGCAAGCAUCUACCCCCCAAAGAGUGUCAUCACCUCUCUGAUGCCUCAUUCAGCAGCAGCUAUAUCUGCCCCGCAGAGUACUGCCCGCCACAGUACUGCAGCUGAUGCUCUGGCUGCUUUGGUGGACGCUGCAGCCUCUGCUCCACAAAUGGACGUGGCCAAGGUGAAGGAGAGCAAGCAUGAACGAGAUGACAGUAUGUCUUCAUCUACUGCAGCUCGACGAGCACCCACCCUCUCUGAACAACAGCAACAGGAGACAGAAAGGCGAUCUCUGCACUCACCGUAUGGGGCUAUGUCUCUGCCAGGGAGUAAACCCUAUCCAGCUUACCCUGAAGGCGCUGGUGUUGGCGUUAAGGAUAAGGGACCUCAAACAAAGUCCCGCAUUGAGGAGGAGCUUCGGACUCUUGGAAAGACGACAAUGACAGCAGCUAACUUCAUCGAUGUCAUCAUCAAACGUCAGAUAGCUUCAGACAAAGACUCGCGAGAGCGAGGCUCUCAGAGCUCUGACUCUUCUAGCAGCUUGACAUCCAGUCGAUAUGACAGCACCAGUGGAGGAGCAAUUGAAGUGAUCAGUCCUGCUAGUUCCCCAGUCCAACCUCAGCCGGACAAACCAGAAGAUGGGCAGGCAGCAGUUGGCAUGCGACCUUAUGACAUGAGUCGAUACCGGCCAUCAGGGGAACCGCCACAGUCCGGCUCGCAGCAACCCUCUUCCUCCCAGGCUGACAGUUACUCGCAGGUCCCCAAAACUCAUCGUGUCAUGACCUUGGCAGACCACAUUUCGCACAUCAUAACACAGGACUUUGCCCGGAAUAAGGAGCCUCCUCCAGUCUCCUCCUCAACCUCUGCUGCAUUCCAGAGCAUUGUGCCGCCUGUGUCCUCUUCAGGUCGAGGCAAGAUGCCCAGUCGCUACAGUCCUGAGAAUCAGGUGCAGGCCUCACACCACCAGAGACCCUCCAGUAGAGUUUCCCCAGAGAACGCCCCUGACAAGCCCAGAGCCAGGCCCGGCAAGUCUCCAGAGCGAGGAGGCAGGCCAAUGGAGAACUAUGAACCCAUCUCUCCACCACAGAGCUACCAAGGCAUGGACAAACAGGAGUCUGGUGGACCUCCACCCCAGCGACGAGAGGGUGACAGCUCAGAGAUCAGGAGUGACUCGCGGUCCCCAGGAAGUGUUAGCUAUCUGCCUGCCUUCUUCACCAAGCUGGAGAACACCUCACCGAUGGUGAAAUCGAAGAAGCAGGAGAUCUUUCGUAAGUUGAACUCCACCUCUGGUGUCGGUGAUUCUGAUGUUGGAAACGCACAACCAGGAACAGAGAUUUUUAACCUGCCUGCUGUUACCAGCUCCAGCAGCAUCAACCCCAGGAAUCACUCCUUUAGUGACCCAGCCAGUAAUCUGGGUCUGGAGGACAUCAUCCGCAAGGCCUUGAUGGGCAACUUGGAGGACAGACAGGAGGAGCAACAGGGUGGAAUAGCAUCAAACGCUGGCGGUGAUCCUCGGCAGGAGGCCACUCCAUCUCCCAGUAUGGGUAAGCAGAAGCAGGGCAAAGCAAAUAGUCGGAAAUCCAAGUCUCCUAACCUGGGUCAGGUCUACGGUGGAGGGGAGCGCCCCUCAUCAGUGUCCUCCGUCCACUCUGAGGGAGAUUAUCACAGACAAGCCCAACAGCAGUGGAGCUGGGAUGACCGACCCUCGUCCACAGGACCCAUGCAGUUCCCCUACAACCCGCUGACAAUGCGGAUACUGAGCAACACGCCACCCACCUCCAUAGCCUCACCCUCCAUACAGAGCCAGCAGCAGCAGCUGCAGCAGAACCCAGCUGGAGCUCCAGGCCAGCGGCGAGAGUGGCAGUCUUUGCUGUCGGAGCAAUACGAGACCCUGUCUGACAGUGACGACUGAGCCCUGCUUGCUACAGCUUUAUUAACCAGAAGAGAGGCCUGCGCUUAGGCUUGUCUGUUCACACCCCUCUCCCAGAACUAACCUCGCUCUCUGGCGAGUGCAACAGGUAGAUGGGGUGUUGUCCUUUUUUAUUAUUUUUGGUGCUGUGGCGCCCCCUGGCUGUUGUCUGAGAGUACAAGCAGCAGCAGCAGCCUGUGACAGGCAAGGUUCUCCUGGAUGUAACUUGCUUUUUGUCCCAGAAGCACUCGCCCAGCCUGUUAUUGAGAGGGGGGAGGGGGGUAAACAAAACUCAGCUGAGGGGAUGACAUGAGAAACGGGAAAGAUUAAAAAAACUUAAUAUGUAAAAAGAGACACAGAAGAAACUAUUUCUGAAAUUUGUUUGAUUUCUGUAAAGAUAUACCUUGUCUUUAAGAAAAUCAUUGUAUGUAAAUAGAGUAACCUUUUGCAGUGUUUUUCUUAACUUGAUUAUUUCUUAUUUUAAUGUCGCUUUUAAAUUGAUCCACUUUAAAUGGAAAGAGUAUGGGUGCGUUCUUUAAUAACGUAGUUGGUCUCUCGCAGUCCAGCCUCUCCCACCCCUCCGAACCAUGUCACCCAGCACACAUACACAAAUAUUUUUACCAUUGCAACGCUAAGAGAGACCGGACCUGUGGUUUGUACUUGACCAUGAGCAGAGCACGGAGAUUGUGCCGCCCUGCGCGCCAUCCACCAAGCACCACCAGAGACUGAACGUUGCGGACAUUGGAGGACAAAAGAAACAGACUAACAUUUCAAACAGCACUCGGUAUCUGAUACCCGUCUUCAUCACACAGUGGGGAUGAUGCAUGGAUUGUAACUGUUGGAUGGCAGAUAACCGUUCACCCUAGACAGAGAAAUGUCUUCGAAACAAGUUGAGAACACUGGUGUCAUAGCAGAAAGGUGAAAAGUCUGAUAUAAGCUUAAUUUUUUGCCAGAAAUUAUAUCCUUAUGACUACUCCUGGACCCCGUCUGAAUAAUGAAAGUGAGCCAAUGUGUUUUUAUUUUUUGUUUCUUCAACAGAGCUAUGUGAUGUCACAUGUAGCUGUCUCUUUGCAGUUUCCAAACUGUCCAGAAUGAUUUGCUCUGCAAUGUUGACAUGGUUUUAAAAAAAAAAAAAAUAAUGUCAGGAAGUUUUUGUUUUGGAUGCUUUUGCCAUGCCUUGUGACUUGAGAAAAAAGGCAGCUUUAACUAAUUUUCUCAGAGAUAUACGUUGGUGUUUAAUGUCUGUAUUUGUUUCUGUAAUCCCUCUUUUUUUUUUUUUUUUUUUUAAUAGACUGUCCUGACAAAAAUCUGAACUCUGUAAACUCCAUCACACACAUCACACACAAAGGCAAAACUAACCAAACCUAAAGAACGGUCUGCACCAUUGUUGCACUUUUUUAUUUUUUUUGGCUUUGUAGCUUUUGACAACAAAAAGCAUACUACCUGCUGUGUAACUUAUUCAGCCUCCAGCCCCUCAUAUACUAAAAUGUGCUUUAACAUUUUGCCACCGCUCACAGAAAUUUGGAUGUUUUGACUUUGCUUUUUUUCUUGUAGCUGGUACAGGAAUUCUUUUUUUUUUUUUUUUUUAAAGUGUGACAGUUGCAUCGCAGUUACAGUUUUCAGUGUAUGGUACCAUGUUUAGGUAUUUAGUGUCAUGAUGAUUCAGAUCCAUGACCACUUAAUCUCUGCUUUCAUUGUGUCACACAACAGACAUAAAGCUUUGAAUAUAUGAAUUAUACUAGGUCAACUAUCAUACAUGGCAGUAAACUUUGUUUUAGAUAUGUGAAAAAAUACCAUAUUUUGGCUUUUUCAGCUUUCACUCUGCUCAGUUAACAAAUCCAUUCUGCUCUAAACUUGAUAUUUCCUUUUUUUUUUUUUUCUUUCGUUUUUGAUUUUUGAAUUGUUUGUCGUAGCACAUGUUCAGAUUUUUAUUUUGUCAUUUUUCUUCAACAUCUUUGCUCUUCAUCCUGUUUAGAUGGGGUGUUAUGUGUUUACAAAUGCAAUGAUUAAAAAAAAAAAAAAAAAAAAGUUUACAAACUUGAAUCUUAAAGAAAUCC